AUGGCACCUCUUAAAGCAGACAUCUGGGUUUCCUCCCGCCUCCCCCUUGCCAUCAGACGAGCCGGCGAGCCAAGUGCCUUUUCACCCAUCACUUGUACCCUAAUUCAGGGGGAUUUCGAGGCCGUGCUCGUGGAUACACCUAUUUCCAUCACCCAGACCGAAGAACUGAUCAAGUGGAUCGAGGACGUGGCACCAAAUAAGGCGCUGAAGUACAUCUACAUCACCCACGGCCACGGAGACCACUGGUUUGGCAUCCCUCAGCUUCAGAAGCGAUGGCCUGGCGUGCGCGCAAUAGCAACUCCUGCAACCGUGGCCCACUCCGAGCAGCAGUUAUCCUCUGGAAAGUUCAGCAAUUUCUGGCUCAAGCUCUUCCCCGGCCAGAUAUAUGAGCCGCAGCAGACUGCUGAAGCCUGGCCUGCCGAUACAUUCGAGAUGGAGGGCCAUGAGUUUCGCAUGAUUGAGGUCGGACAUACAGAUACCCGCGAUACCACUGUUCUGUAUGUUCCAGACAUCCAUCUGGUCGUGGCGGGUGAUGUUGUCUAUGGAGACGUGCACCAGUUCUUCGGCGAAGCAACCACGACAGACAAGCGGCAGGAAUGGCUUCAGGCGCUCGCCACGAUAGAGUCGCUCAAUCCACACAUGGUUAUCGCUGGUCAUAAAAGGGCUGGGACGGUGGAUGGUGUCUUCAACGUUCACACAACGAGGGAAUAUAUCCUAGCGUUCGAGGAGGCUGUCAAGGCAACGUCGAGCCCUGAGGAGCUCUAUGAUAGAAUGCGGCGAUUGUUUCCAUCAAGAAUUAACCCACAUGCUAUUAUCUCGGGGGCUUCCGCUGCAUUUGGGAAGAAUCCUGCAUUAUUUGGGCAGCCUGCAUGA